CCCGCCAUGGCCCGCCUGACGGAGAGCGAGGCGCGCCGGCAGCAGCAGCAGCUCCUGCAGACGCGGCCCUCGCCCGUGGGCAGCAGCGGGCCCGAGCCCCCCGGGGCGCAGCCCGACGGCAUGAAGGACCUGGACGCCAUCAAGCUCUUCGUGGGCCAGAUCCCGCGCAACCUGGACGAGAAGGACCUCAAGCCGCUCUUCGAGCAGUUCGGCCGCAUCUACGAGCUCACGGUGCUCAAAGACCCCUACACGGGCAUGCACAAAGGCUGUGCCUUUCUCACCUACUGUGCCAGGGACUCCGCCAUCAAAGCUCAGACUGCCCUGCACGAACAGAAGACCUUGCCCGGGAUGGCGCGGCCGAUCCAGGUGAAGCCUGCGGACAGUGAAAGCCGCGGAGGUAGGGACCGGAAGCUGUUUGUGGGGAUGCUGAACAAGCAGCAGUCGGAAGAGGACGUGCUGCGGCUGUUCCAGCCCUUUGGGGUCAUCGACGAGUGCACCGUGCUCCGCGGGCCUGACGGCAGCAGCAAAGGCUGCGCCUUUGUGAAGUUCUCCUCCCACACCGAGGCGCAGGCGGCCAUCCAUGCUCUGCACGGCAGCCAGACCAUGCCGGGCGCCUCCUCCAGCCUGGUGGUCAAGUUUGCCGACACGGACAAGGAGCGCACGCUGCGGCGCAUGCAGCAGAUGGUGGGCCAGCUGGGGAUCCUGACGCCGUCCCUCACCCUGCCCUUCAGCCCCUACAGUGCCUACGCCCAGGCUCUCAUGCAGCAGCAGACAACGGUCCUGUCCACGUCGGGCAGCUACCUGAGCCCUGGCGUGGCCUUCUCACCCUGCCACAUCCAGCAGAUCGGCGCCGUCAGCCUUAACGGGCUGCCUGCCACACCUAUCGCCCCUGCCUCUGGACUGCACUCGCCCCCGCUGCUUGGCACCACAGCUGUGCCCGGGCUCGUGGCUCCCAUCACCAAUGGCUUCGCAGGUGUUGUGCCCUUCCCUGGGGGGCAUCCCGCCCUAGAGACCGUGUAUGCCAAUGGCCUUGUGCCCUACCCAGCUCAGAGCCCGACCGUGGCCGAGACCCUCCAUCCUGCCUUCUCCGGAGUCCAGCAGUACACAGCCAUGUACCCCACCGCGGCCAUCACGCCCAUCGCUCACAGCGUCCCCCAGCCGCCGCCCCUCCUGCAGCAGCAGCAGCGAGAAGGUCCCGAAGGCUGUAACCUGUUUAUCUACCACCUCCCCCAGGAGUUUGGAGACACGGAGCUGACGCAGAUGUUCCUGCCCUUCGGCAAUAUCAUCUCCUCCAAGGUGUUUAUGGAUCGGGCCACCAACCAGAGCAAAUGUUUUGGCUUCGUGAGCUUUGACAACCCGGCCAGCGCGCAGACCGCCAUCCAGGCCAUGAACGGCUUCCAGAUCGGGAUGAAGAGACUCAAAGUGCAGCUAAAGCGGCCCAAAGACCCGGGACACCCCUACUGACCGCGCCCACUGCCGCCCGGAGGCCGCGGGCCUGGCCCAGGUGAGGGGCCUUCCCACCCCAGGAGGGCCUCCCGAUUCCAACCGACCCCGGACUUUUCCGUAAAUUACAACCGAGUUUGGACACCAGCCCCCCUCUCCUCUCCCAUCUCCCCUUGCCCCCCGCCUGCCCCCUAAUGUGAAACGCUACUGCAGGCCAUGUGGAGUGGGGAGGGGGCUUUGUGGUCUGCCCCAGCGCUGGGCGGGGGGCUCCUGAGAUGGGGGCUGAGGGCUUCACUGCCCCCACCCUUGGUGGCUUCCCCAAACUAAAUCACAACUUUUCCUAUAUAUAUAUAUGCAUAUAUAUAUAGAGAGCUAUAGACAGUAUAUAUAUUUUUUGAGUAUAGAUCAUGGGACCAAACUUUUCCGACUUCCUUCCAUCCAAGAGAAGGUGACCCUGGCCCGGUCACUCAGCAGGGACAUAAGAAGGGCUGAGGAUGACCGGGCAGCCCAGUGUGUCCCCACCUCCCGCUGUCAUGUCAGACCAGGGCACGGAGAAGCACUGGGAAUCAUCAGUCAACGCGAUAUACCUCCAGGACAUUGGGCCCCUGCCACUGACGUUCUCGCGGGCCCUUGGGCUCGGCCAGCUCCAGUGUCCCUGGUCUUAGCUGCAGCUUCCGGAACCCCCACCCCAGGGCCCUGCCUUCCCGGAUGUAGGCACAGAAGAGACGCCCCCCCCCUC